AUGUCAGGCGCGUACUCGCCUGAAGAAUUAAAUGCAGAACCUGGAGUAUUAAUUGACAACAAGAUUAUCACCUUUGAUAGUUACGACUUUUCAAAUACUCAUGCGCUUACAUUGGAUCUUUCUAAAGAUUUGACAACAUCUACACCAGAAUUCACAGACAUCGAUCAAAGAAGUGACUAUUCUUCAACAUUUAAAGAAAGUAAAAUUUAUUAUAUUGGAGGCACCUCUCGAAAUAAUGGAGUUGCUGAUAUUCGACAAGUAAAUUAA